AUGAAGAGCGAACAGCCGCAACAGUCGCUUAGGGGCUGGGCACUGAAGCUUGGCCUGACAUGUUCGGCCGCGAUGGUUGCUGAAGGGGUGACAUAUCCGAUAGACUUGUUGAAAACCAGACUGCAACUUCAGGGGGAGCUCGCCGCGGCCAGCUCCAGCCCAAAGUCAUCAGGUCCAAAGCCGAAAGGCGCUGUAAGGCUAGCGGCGGAGCUGAUCCGUCGAGAGGGCAUGCGUGGCUUGUACGCCGGCCUGGCACCCGCGCUGGUCCGGCACAUCUUCUACACGGGCACACGGAUCACGGUGUACGAGCAGCUGCGACGUAGCUACGUCGGCGGCUUGAGCUCAGGCACGUCCGGCUCGGGCGCUGGCAGCAGUAGCAGUGGCAGUGGCAGCGGCAACACCAGCAGCACCAGCACCAGCACCAGCACCAGCAGCGGUAACAGCGUCGGCCUGGGUGCGAAGCUGCUGAUGGGGCUCACAGCAGGGGCGGUGGGCCAGGCUGUAGCGGUGCCGGCUGACCUGGUGAAGGUGCGGCUUCAGGCGGAGGGGCGGCUUGUUGCGUCAGGGAAGAUCCCAGCACCGCGAUACAAGGGCAUGGGUGACUGUCUGCGGCAGAUUGUGGCGCAGGAGGGCGGCAUGGCGGGCCUGUGGCGCGGCGGCGGCCCGGCGGUGCAGCGCGCGGCCCUGGUGAACCUGGGUGAACUCGCCACCUACGACCAGGCCAAGCAGCUGGUGUUGGCCAGUGGUCUGACGGGCGGGCGGGACAACUUGGGGACACACACCGCAGCGUCCAUGUGCAGCGGCUUAUUCGCGAGUGUGGUGUCGGUGCCCGCGGAUGUGGUAAAGACGCGCAUGAUGAGCCAGGAUCCGGCCGCCCCAAAGUACCGCUCCUCUCUGGACUGCCUGGUGCGCAGUGUGCGGGCCGAGGGACUGCUGGCCCUCUACAAGGGCUUCCUGCCCACCUGGGCGCGGCUGGGGCCCUGGCAGCUUGUGUUCUGGACCAGCUAUGAAGGCACCCGCGCCGCCUUCAACCUGGGCGGCUUCUGAUGGCGACGGCGUUGACGAGGCGGCUGCUGAGACGGCGGCUUCCGAUGUGGCGGCGGCGGCGGUCGGGCGGGCCGGCCAGGCCAGGUUGCAUUGGGUGCAAUGCCGUAUGUGCAUCGGGUGCAUGGCUGCUGACGCAGCGCGCCAGCUAGGCAGGGUUUCUGAGCAUAAGGCGGCAGCGGCCGGAUGCAGGUCUGGUGGUGGCCUGGUGGUGGGGCUGGAGGACAGGGAUAGAUGUGCCGCCGCCCAAGAACUUGUAUCUAUCAGUGCACCGUGUGUGGUGCUGGCGCCACCGAUCGCCUGGCACAGCUGCACUGACGCGAGGCCACGUGGCAUCUGUUAGAGUGCCCGCAAGCAAGGCUUUGUUGUCGGGCAGAUGUGUGGUUGUGCCCCUGGGAUUGCUUGGGAGCCCCGAGGGGGCUGAACCGUGUAUGCUUGUGUAGUCGUUCUGGAUUAGGCAGAGCGGCUUGCUGGUACCGUAUUCGUACACGCGUGCGUGUGUGGCAUGCGUGCAUGCACACAGUGAUUGCUUUUUGGGCUUAAGGCGAUGUAGUAUGUGUUUGUGCUACGUGAUUAACGCCGGAAAGUGAUUGUUUGCGCCGUUAAGUUUGUCCCGUGUGCGAGUGGCUAGCUUCAACGUGAACGUCUAUAGGGGGUGGCUCGAGAUUAGGUGUUUAGAGUUUACAGGAAGUACGGAGUGCACGGUCUGCAUGGAGGCACGGAGUGCAUGGAGAGUCCAGGCCGUGUGUGCGUGGUGCGAGGUCGGUUCGCUUCCCUGUCGCAUCAGGAGGCAUACACGUACGACAUACUUUCGGAAGCACCGUGCGUGCGUGCUUCCAGCUGUGUGCAGGGCGGGCGGCCAUCUGGGCCUGGGGAAACGUGGGGAAAGUCGAGAUUUAUUAAAUUGGGUGAUGCUUUGUCCCGGUGGACAUCGACAAGUGCACGGCGCCCUCCGAGCUGGCCCGCCACGCCCCUCUUUUGCAUCCCACUCAUGCCCCCAGCCCUCCGGACGCCGUUUGAUAAGAGAACUCUUUGCCAGGGCGUGUCGCGCACGAAGUUGGAAAUUUCGUAUCAUGAAUUGGAUCGUGCUUUCAAGGAUUGUGGCAACCCUACCUGGCCUGCAAGCAUGGUUAUGUCGGCGCAGGGUUCUCGCCCUGGCUCGUGCGCGCCCAUUGGGCUUUUGAAUCAGUCUUUGUGACUCUACCUGUAGAUGCUGUAACGUGUAGGAUGA